UAGCCAAUCAGCGUCCACUGUGCGGUGCGGCGCUGGUGGACGACGACGUCGUUUUUGUUUGCAUUGCUCGGACUCGAGCCAUGAGCUUUAAUAACUUUUUUAUAUUCGAAAGUACAGUGCGCCAUCUGCCAUACCCGUGAUGUCACAGCUGUUGAAGAGUUUGCCUCGGGCAAAGGUCUUGUCCUCCAAUCUGUUACCAUGCCAGCACCGCCGGCCCCAGUUGGGCUCCUCCGCUCCUCGACGUCCUUCUCACAUGAGUCACACUCCCUCAAGAUGUCACCAGACCACCUCCGCACUUCACAGCUACAUCCUCACUCCACCUCAAGUCAACUCCAUCCUCAAAGCCAACGAGUACACCUUCAAGGUGCCUGAGUUUGAUGGCAAGAACUUGUCAUCCGUGAUGAGCUUUGACAGCAAUCAGCUACCAGCAAACGCUCCCAUCGAAGACCGCCGCAGUGCAGCGACAUGCCUGCAGACCAGAGGAAUGCUGCUGGGCGUGUUUGAUGGCCACGCUGGAUGUGCUUGUGCGCAGGCGCUCAGCGAGAGGCUCUUCUACUACAUCGCCGUGUCCCUGCUGCCGCACGACACGCUGUGCGAGCUGGAAGGGGCGGUGGAGGCGGGCCGGGCGCUCAGUCCCAUCCUGCAGUGGCAAAAGCACCCCAACGAUUAUUUCAGCAGGGAGGCUCAGACGCUCUACUUCAACAGCCUCCGCACAUACUGGCAGGAGCUGAUUGAUCUCACCAACCCGGGGGAUGUCCCCGACACCAGGGAGGCUCUGAUGAACGCCUUCAAGAGGCUGGACAAUGACAUCUCUCUGGAGGCUCAGGUUGGCGAUCCAAAUGCUUUCCUGCACUACUGGGUUCUGAGAGUGGCCUUCUCCGGAGCGACGGCAUGCGUGGCUCACGUCGAUGGAGCAGACCUGUAUAUAGCCAAUGCCGGAGAUGCUCGUGCCGUGCUUGGCGUGCAGGAGGAGGACGGUUCCUUUACCGCUCACACGCUCUCUAAUGACCACUGUUCCCAGAACGAGGACGAGGUGGCUCGGAUUCGUGCAGAACACCCGCCCGCAGAGAGGAAGACGGUGAUACGGCAGGACCGUUUGCUGGGCUUGCUCAUGCCCUUCCGAGCGUUUGGCGACGUGAAGUUCAAGUGGAGCAUCGAGCUCCAGAAGCGAGUUCUGGAGUCGGGCCCUGAUCAGCUGCACGAAAACGAGCACACCAAGUUCAUACCGCCCAACUACCACACGCCGCCGUACCUGACGGCCGAGCCCGAGAUCACCUACCACCGGCUCAGACCGCAGGAUCGCUUCCUGGUGAUCGGUUCUGACGGCCUUUGGGAGACUCUCCACAGACAGGAAGUGGUGCGCAUCGUCGGCGAGUACUUAACUGGCGUGCACCAGCAGCAGCCGCUCACUGUGGGGGGCUACCAAGUCACCCUGGGACAGAUGCAAGGGCUUCUGGAGGAACGCAAGGCUCGCACGUCGUCAGCCUUUGAGGACCAGAACGCCGCCACCUACCUGAUGCGGCACGCCGUGGGCAACAACGAGUUCGGCACCGUCGACCACGAGAGGCUCUCCAAGAUGCUGUCGCUGCCCGAGGAGCUGGCCCGUAUGUACCGCGAUGACAUCACCAUCAUCGUGUCUCAGUUCAACCCUCACGUGAUCGGAGCGCAGCGGCAGGAAGAGUAAACACGCACACUCUUGUUCAUAUGUUUUAAUAUCUGACUUUACAAAUAUUUAUGAGAAGAAAAGCAUGCUUGUACACAAGGAAACGCGACUUUUUCGUGGCUGCAGAUUGUAUUUUUGUGUAUCAUCGUGCGAUACAGUCUCACACACUUUAUUCUGUGUUCAAUAACACUGUUACAAUUUUAUUUUGUGCCGCAAGAUCCUUAGCUGAAAAUAUUCCCUUCAAGGGGGUGGAUUCCAAAGAACACAAAUGACCAAAACGAAUAGGGAUGUACUAAAAAUUUGGAACCCGAGGCUGAAAACGGAAAGAUACUUUAAAAUCCUAAAAGUAUGUCAUCUGUGUGUAAGUGUUAAAAUUUCAAAGAUGAAUUGAUAUAACCGGAUCUUAUCAAGAGCUUUAUAAAGACCUCCAAUCACUUUGUAAAAUAUUUAUACAUUGAAAAAAAACAAUAUAAUAAUCUGGUUAAGUCAUUUACUAAUGUAAAUGAAUUUAAAUGUAAAAUACAGCAAAGAGGUUUCGUCAUUGUUUUCAUGGCAAAUUCUGCACGUUUUGCAACACUCUAUAUCCUUCACCUCCUAUUUUAUUAUUUUUCCAAAAGGCUGAUUUGAGGGAGCCUUUGUUAUUUUUUUUUAAAGGGAUGUUUAGUGCCAGAGAGUUUGCUAGCACUUUACUUCUUCCUUUUUGUAACUACACUCCAGUUCUGCAAUAAGCACAACCAUGUUACUUCAUAUUUAAGCUGCAAUAUCAACAAUUCUUUGAAGUAUUUAUUCCACGUUACAUUACAAGCAUUUAUCUUAUUUCCGGUGUAUGUAAAAAUUGUUAUCUAAUUGGUUUCUAUUUUGUAUAUGGCAUAAUAAACAGUUAAAGCUU